GUUCCAGGUACUGCACAUCGCUUCCCGCCAGUCAGCUCAGGUCAACUUCAUUACGGCUCCUGGCAAUGACAAGAAAUGAAGGGAAACUCAAUUAUACAUUCACAUAUUUAAAUCAUUUAGCAUUUUUCUGUCCAAUUAGUGUUUGCAGCCACGCCGGCGCCAAACAUGGCUCCCUCCUGGAUGUUCACACCUUGGGUGCCAGAUGUCCUGCGUUUCCCACCUCUGCGUUUUGACUGAUAGCUUAGCGUUGGCGCGUGCGGAUGUUUUAAGGCUUCAGGCAGCGUUUGUGGAGCAACACACUUGUCAGGAAAUCAAUAAUCGAACAAUGAUAUUCACUCUUUUCUCUGCAUUUGUCCGUGUGGGACUUGUCCCACGGGACGGGAGCUCACGCCGCGUGGCUGCCGCCGCCCCGGGCCGGGCUUUGAUGUCCGUUCGCUCCAGGCUCGCUGGGCUGGCAUCGCUGCUCGCUUUGGGCCCGGCGCCAGCAUGUCGGCAGGCCAGAGGUCGCCGCGGCGUGGAGGGCUUCUCUGUGGAGAAAAUCCAUUCUUCAGGGUCACUGAAAAAUGACGACUCCGUGGCCAAGAAGGACGUCCAGAGGAUCCUGGAGCUCAGCCACAAGCAGAGAGAGGAGAUGAAGUCCCUCCAGGCAGCCCUGCAGAAGCAGCUGGACGAGGCCAACGAGAGAGCGGAGAAGCAGCAGGCCACGAUUAAAUUUCUGAAAGUGGAGAUGGAGAAAAAAACCAAGAUCAUCAAGGAUUUACAGCAGGAGAAUAAGAGCUUGAAAAAUAAGCUGCUCUCUGGAAACAAACUUUGCGACGCCUACGCCGAGGAGUCCAAAAAAAUCCAGGCUCAACUGAAAGAACUGCGGUACGGGAAAAAGGAUUUAAUUUUUAAGGGGCAGCAGCUCAUGGACCUGGAGCACAAGUUAACCAUAGCCAAGGAGGAGCUGGAGAAGACGGCGCUGGACAAGGAGUCUCAGCUGAAGGCGCUGAAGGACACCGUGCACAUCUGCUUCUCCGCUGUCCUGCACAACCAGCCCAGCAGCAGCCACAGGUUCCCCACCUCCCCCACCCACCUGUUCAAAUACUCGUCGCUCAUCAACAGCUCCAGAGUCACCUUCCAGCAGCCGCACGCUAAGGAUGUCUCCAAAGUUCAAAGAAUCGUCACAGCGAGUAAAUCAGCCAUGAACGCCAGCGUAAUGAGGAGAGAGAGCGACAGAGUCAAAGCGUGCCAGAUGGAAAAGGCCGGCGCCGACUGCUUCCAGAACCAGACGGAGGAAUCGGCUCCAAAAAGUAAAAAGCUACCAGAGCAGCAGCAGCAGAGGAGCCACGCACACACUGGAAAACUCAACACAAAGCUCAGCGACAGCGACGAGGCCGAAGGAGGCGGCAGCAAACACAGCAAGACGCACAAAGACAACUGAGGGGACGGAGGACGUUGUGUUUCCAAGAGCACACACACACUCACAGAUAAAGACACACACACAGAUAUAGACACACACACACUCACAAAGAUAUAGACACACUCACAGAUAAAGACACACACACACACACACACACACACACACACACACACACACACACACUCACAGAUAAAGACACACAUAGACACACACUCACAGAUAAAGACACACACACACACACACUCACAGAUAAAGACACACAUAGACACACACACUCACAGAUAUAGACGCACACGCACACACACACACACACACACACACACACACACACACACACACACACACACACACACACACAUACACUCACAGAUAAAGACACACAUAGACACACACUCACAGAUAAAGACACACACACACACACACUCACAGAUAAAGACACACAUAGACACACACACUCACAGAUAAAGACACACACUCUCACACACACAGAUAUAGACGCACACGCACACACACACACACACACACACACACACUGUACGAGCAUUGUUUGCAAACGCUGAGACACUGAACUGUCAGAUUUCCUACGUCACCUGAACCCUCCAUAAUGAAACGGCAUGCAUCCUAGAACUUCUUUUUAAAGGUAGCAGCGGCUCUGGUAACUUGUUCCAUGAUCGUUUCUUUGUUGUUUACUUAUCUGAGUUUUAUUCUGAGUGAGGACACUGCUUUCUAAAUGUGUGAUCUUUCUAGAAAAAUCCCUUUGCUGGUGAGGUCUGACACUGUAUCCUGUGAAGUAUAUCAAUUGACAAAUAAAAGACGUUGUACUACUACUACUACUACUACUACUACUACUACCACAACUACUACCCAACUUAGAAUAUGGUUUGUCACUCAUUGUAGCCAGGUUAAUUUACUCCUCCACGUUUUGAAGUACAGAGGCUCAAGUUGGCUGGCCAACUGUUCAACAUUUACUAUUUCAGCACUCUUUCUGCCUUUAACACUCCAGAGGCGAAGAGCCAAAGACUCACAAUGGGUCGUGUCCCUGAGAAUGUGCCAUGCACUGAGUAGUAACUCCUAGCUACAUGUGUCUGUGUUAUCUGACCUUUCUGUGUCCUUUCAAUAAACUGUAAUUUUCAGUAAAUGUGUAAAGAAUAAAUGGUUAUUUGUGGGAAAGAAA